UCUCGCAGAAUUGCGAAUUGGCACGUUCGAAUUAGGGCUGGUAUAUUUUAGUAUUAUUCUUUCAAUAUUUGAACUUUUUCACCAUCAUCAAAUUUCUCUCUUAAACAUAUAAAUACUAUAAUAAAAAAACAACUGGAGACAUGUUAUCAAGGCACUUAAAAACAGCUGACCAAUUCAGCUGGCAUCAUUUGGCUAUUGCAAAGGUGCGGUCAUAUGCGGUGCAAGCGGAAAAGCAGUCAAAAAAUGUAACUGACGUCAGCUUAGAGAAUGCACGUCCAUACUCAGAAGUGCCGGGACCAAGUAAAUUGGAGCUUAUACGUUUAUUUCUGCCUGGAGGAGAAUUUUCAAAGAAACCAUUUUUUACCGCCAUAGCGGGCAUGGAGAAAAAGUAUGGUCCAAUUUUUCGUUUCCCUGGUGUAUUUGAUAAGCCAGAAAUUGUAAUCAAUUUAAAUCCGGCAGAUUACCCGAUUAUUUUCCGCAAUGAGGGAGCUUGGCCGGAUCGCCGCGUUUUCGACACAUUCGUCUAUCAUCGCGAAAAGCAUCGAGGCGAGUUCUUUCAAGGUGUCGAGGGCGUUAUAUCUACCUCGGGAGAGAAAUGGGCCGAAAUGCGCACAGCCGUUAAUCCAAUACUGAUGCAACCGAAAAAUGCAAGCUUGUACUUGAAUACACUCCUAGAGGUUAAUAAUGAAUUUUUGGAAAGAAUUCGGUACAUCCGCGAUCCCACUACACUUGAGGUGCCUGGCGAUUUUAUCGACGACCUAAGUCGGCUUGCUUUAGAAGGUAUCGCUGGCAUUGCACUUAACACACGUCUCGGUUUGAUACAUAAAAAUCGUGACUCGUCCGAAAGUAAGACUAUCAUGAAGUCUGUACGCAGAUUCUUUGUACUCUCAGAAGAGCUGGAAAUUAAGCCAUCUAUAUGGAAGUAUGUGAAAACUCCGAAGUUCUACGAAAUGAUGAGAACACUCGAUACACUCACCGACAUUUGCAAUAAGUACAUCAGCGAAGCGUUAAAGCGCAUCGAACACGAUAGUGAAGGCAAACUCGCCUCGGAGGUAGGAAAGGAGAAGAGUGUGUUGGAGAAGUUGGUGCGCGUUAAUAAGAAAUUUGCGGUUGUUAUGGCGCUGGAUAUGAUGGUAGCUGGUAUUGAUACGACGAGCUCUACUUUGACUGGCCUACUGCUGUGCAUUGCAAAGAAUCCCGAUAAACAGCAAAAACUCUUUGAGGAAAUCAAACAAAUUCUACCGCAAAAAGAUUCACAACUUAAAAUUGAGAAUAUGCAAAACUUGCCGUAUUUGCGCGCCUGCAUCAAGGAGGCCAUGCGCCACUACCCUAUUCUACCAGGAACAGUGCGACGCCUGCCUAGUGAUGUAGUGCUGAGCGGCUAUCGAAUACCCGCCGGCACCGACAUAUCCAUAGGCGCAAAUUUACUGAUGCGUGACGAGCGUUAUGUGCCCCAACCGGAUAAGUUCAUACCGGAGCGUUGGCUGCGCAAAGACAAAUCCGCUCAAGCUUUAGAAGGUCAGAUUAGCAAUCCAUUUUUGUAUGUACCCUUUGGCUUUGGGCCACGCAGCUGUGUGGGGAAACGUAUUGUCAAUAUGGAGUUGGAAAUUACUUUAGCGCGUUUAGUGCGAAAUUUUUAUAUUGAAUUUAAUUAUCCAACAGAAAAUGCAUUUGAAAUGAAGUUUAUGAUUGUGCCGCAGAUACCACUGAAAUUCAAAUUCGCAGAGAGGAAAGAAUAACUUAUGAGGACGAAGGAGCAAAGAAAAGAGCGGGAGAUGGAGCAUUCAACUGAAAAAAUAUUUUAAAGUGCACUGUAAUGCCUUUUGCAUAUCUUUAUCCCAUAGUAUUUUUUGAUAUCCGAUAUUCGAUAUUUUGUUUUCUUAGCCCUUAAAUGCCGAAAUUUUUCUUUUCCAUCGAAAUAAAUAAUUUGCUACCUUAUUCAAUUCUAAA